AUGUACGAAGGGAUUGACAACCUGAAAUCCCUUUACGACCGUGCCGGGAAGACUUUCUCCGGCGGUCCUUCUGCAGCACAGGAUGUGCCGCGUCGUACUGCUCAACCAGACCCAGUACGUCGAUCAUCAGUUGGGAGCGGGGCUCCCAAGAAUCCCAGGACGGGAGAUAGCCGUGCCAUCGGACGAGAUAACUCGUCCGACGUCCGUUCACGUCGCGGUGGUUCAACAGCUGCCCAACUAGAUAGCGCUGGCCACCGCGAGAGUCAUCUAAUGGAGGUGGAGGAGGAGGAAAGACGCUCUCCACACGAUCAUGAGGAUCCGUGUGUUCCCGAGAGCUUCUUUGAUCGCGUAACGCAAGGGUUACGCAACGAUCUCGAACAUGAGCGGAAUAGGCGUCUCCAAAUGGCGGACACUGUCUCGGAGCAUCGAGCUGAGUUUGCCUUUGCUCAGCUUGAGAACGAGAGAGCUCUGACACCUCUUCGUGACGAGCUAAGGGUAGCUCUUGGGAUUGUUGAUCGGUCUCGGGAUGAGAUAGCUGCUCUUUAG